AGGGGAUAUGCGAAAUGAUGGAAGUGCUGUCAUAACCAGCCCUAUACCCGACACAAUAACUUCUUGGUUCAUUAGUGCGUUUGCUAUGGAUCAGGUCACCGGUCUUGGAAUUGCACCCAACAGUGCUAAAGUAACUGUUUUCCGUCCGUUUUUCAUCAAACUAUCGCUCCCUUACUCUAUAAUAAGAGGCGAAUCGAUUGCUCUUCAGGCGAUUGUUUUCAAUUAUUUCAAUAAACCCAUUGAAGCGGAGGUUGUGAUGGAUAAUAGGAAUAACGAGUUUGAGUUCACGAACGCCGCCAACGAAAUAGAGUUCGCGGACACGAGAAAAGUGACCGAAAAGAAGAAGUUUGUGACCAUUCCGGCCAACGAUGGCGUUUCGGUCACAUUCCUAAUCACUCCCAAAAAGAUAGGCUAUAUUGACAUUAAGAUAACGGCGACCGCACCGACAGCUGGAGACGCGGUGCUCAAAAAACUGUUGGUCAAACCUGAGGGUCAAACCCAAUACUUUAAUAAAGCGGUUCUCGUCGAUCUCAAAGAUCCCAACAGUUCUGCUGUCAAGAAAAAUAUCUCAAUUGUUAUCCCGAAUAAUGCGGUUCCGGGCUCUGAAAGAGUGACCAUUUCAGGCAUUGGAGAUAUUAUGGGACCCACUGUUAAUAAUUUGGAUGAUUUGCUUCGUAUGCCUUAUGGAUGUGGCGAACAGAAUAUGCUAAAUUUUGUGCCCAAUAUUGUUGUAUUGGAUUACUUGAGUCGAACUAAUCGCUUGACUCCAGCCAUCAAAUCAAAGGCCAUCUCAAACAUUGAGAGCGGAUAUCAGAGGGAAUUGACUUAUAAGCGAGAAGACGGCUCUUUCAGUGCAUUCGGCAAUAACGACAAAAAGGGAAAUGCGACAAAUAUGGCAGUAAUGGAAGUGGAACUGCCGUCGGGUUAUGUGGCAGAUGUGGAGGCAUUGCCGAGCGUUACCCGCGCUAAAGAAAUCAAACGUAUUGACACCUCUAAAGGCGAUACUAAUGUCAUCAUAUAUUUCGAUAGAAUAACAAGAGAUGAGAUCUGUCUGACAGUUCCGGCCCACAGAACCCACAGAGUGGCUAACAAUAAAGCGGUUCCCGUCACUGUAUAUGACUAUUACGAUAGGCAACAAACAUCUCGCAUAUUAUAUGAACCAAAACUCGUUACCUUCUGCGAUUUAUGUGAGACAACAGCCGACGAACCGGUCUGUCAGAAGUGCUCUCAGACGCGGGGCUCCGGAUCUGAUUACAACAACGAGUUAAUUCAGACUUCGGAUUCAUCGGACGCCCGAUUGAGAGCCGCGACAAAGUGGACACUUGUGAUGGCGGCGAUCGUAUCCGUAAAGUUGUAUCAAUUCUGGUCAUAAGUCCCUAUCGAGUGCUUCAAAACCUCUAUUUAUAUGAAUUGAAUCACUAAAUAGUCUAUUGUAUAGUUCAUUAACUCCUGUAAUCACUGCACAAAUAAUAUUAUUGUCAAUUAAUUAUUUUUCAAUAUAAUAAACAUUAAUUUUGAAAAUUCUUAACAA